UUUCCAAGACAUCAGCACUAUAACAGUCCCAGCAGAGCGCACUCUCCAUAAGCACCAAGCCUGUGGACACAUCCUCUUGAGGACCAAACGAGCAGGGAUUCAGAGCUUUACAGUUCAGGAUCCAAGAACGUGUGUAUGAGGAGGAACCAAUUCACGGGCAUCAUCUCUAUAGCCAAGCACCUUAAGUAUCUUCUGCUGGAGCCAUGCCCAACUCUGGAGACUGAAAGUGACCUGCCCUUCUGCCAAAAAUAACUGUCUCAGAUCCUGCCAAAAUGCUUUUAGUUCCGGUUUUAUUAUUCAACAAUAAGCAUGUUAUCACUUUUCCGCUUGUAGCUUGACAGGAUUGCACACCAGGCUGAAUUGGAAAGCAGCUCCAUUCUGUAGUUUUGAACAAUGACUUGGGCGAUAUACAUCAAUACAUGUCAAGAAAAUGUUCCCUCAGUCAUGUGUGCUGCUUCACAUUUGAGAGCAGAUGAGAAGCCAUUAACACGGCAAUAAAAAAGUAGUAGUCCUUUGUGGAAUUUCACGAGAGGGAGCAGCACAGACCUGUACAAGUGAUGUCUCUAAGCACCCUUGUAUUAAUGCACGGUUCUAGAAGUUGAAGGAUUUUGCAGCGUGACGGGAUGACAUUGUGAGCAAGAUCCCAGAGGGCAUUGACAUGCAAUUGGAUUGCCAGGACAUUAUCCUUUGCUGCAAAAGUGGACUCAAAACAUGCUAUUUACUUUUGUUGCAUGUUCUCAUCUGAUUUUGAUUGCCAUCUGCAGCUGACUGUGAAGAAUGUCAAAACACUUGAGACAAAUUUAUUACUUGGCACAGCCGUUUUAUUUCAGAAGUGUAUGUCUGUGCCCAUUUCACACAGGAUGUUUAGUUCUUUUUGUGCACUUCCUUGCAAAAAUGUAUGUUUUCUGAGUGCAGAUAGUUAAAAACCCAUCAUUUUAACAGGCUUAAUUUCAUUACAUUCUAAGUAGUUGUCAGAUGGAGACUGAAAUGUAAAUGCGCUGAAGCCCUUGCAGAGUGGCUAGUUGAGCAUCUGACAUUUAAAACCUCUUUUGUGGACCACUGGAAGGAGUCCAGAAUGCAAACACAAAGUGAAUGAGUGAAGCGCAUCUAUCUAUCAUUCAUCACCAAAUGCCUGAACAUCGUGAGCAGAUGGUUCUCCUCGGAGAGAACAUGACCCCAGGGAUUCUUGCCCAGAAUUGCACCAACUGCAGCCAAGCCCUCAUCCCAGAAUUGAACGUCACCAAGGCUGUUGUUUUAGGCCUUGUCCUUGCCAUAUUCCUCGUGUUUGGGGUUCUGGGCAACAUCCUAGUGAUCCUGUCUGUGGCUUGCCAUCGUAAUCUGCGAACUGUCACACAUUAUUUUAUUGUAAACCUGGCAGUGGCUGACCUUCUCCUGAGCUCCACUGUGCUUCCUUUCUCCACCAUCUUUGAGAUGCUGGGCCGGUGGGUGUUCGGCAGGACCUUCUGCGACGUUUGGGCAGCAAUGGAUGUCCUCUGCUGCACAGCGUCCAUCAUGAGCUUGUGCGUGAUCUCUGUAGACCGUUACAUUGGAGUCAGCUACCCUCUACGCUACCCAGCCAUAGUGACUGAGCGGCGGGCAUUGUUAGCACUAAUGGGUGUGUGGGCUUUGUCCAUCACCAUCUCUGUGGGACCACUUUUUGGCUGGAAGGAGCCGGCACCGGAGGAUGAGUCCAUCUGCAAGAUCACAGAAGAGCCUGGCUACGCCAUCUUCUCAGCAGUGGGCUCUUUCUACCUCCCACUAGUAGUGAUCCUGGUUAUGUACUGCCGUGUGUAUGUGGUGGCCCGCAGGGAGACACGCGGCCUCAGAAAGGGCCAGAAGACGGAGAAGUCGGACCACGCAGAAGCUGUGACCUUACGGAUACACCGUGGCAACACUGCUGCCUCAGAGGACGAGGCUUUGAGGAGUCGCACACACUUUGCCCUCCGACUGCUCAAGUUCUCCCGGGAGAAAAAAGCAGCUAAGACGCUGGGCAUUGUAGUCGGAUGCUUCGUUCUCUGCUGGCUUCCAUUCUUCCUGGUGCUUCCCAUCGGUUCCAUCUUCCCAGCCUACAGACCCUCAGACACAGUCUUCAAGAUCACAUUCUGGCUUGGUUACUUCAACAGCUGCAUCAACCCCAUCAUCUAUCCCUGCUCCAGUCAGGAGUUUAAGAAAGCCUUCCUGAGUGUGCUGGGAGUGCACUGUCUGCGGCGCAGGACCACACCCACUCAGCCACUCUGCCAAGGCCACACUUCAGGCCAUGGCCAGGUGCAGCUCCUCUCCCUGGGCCUGGAGGGCCGUCCCUACACGUCCCGCCUCAGCCCGUCCUCCUCCAUGGCCCUGUCCCGCUCGCCCUCGUCCCGAGAUGGCCGCGAGUGGCAGCCCACAUCCCGGGCCUCCUCAGUCAGGGUGAAUGCUGGGGCUAAAGUUGCCGGGGUGUGCAGUAAAAACCUGCUGAGGACAUGCUGCUGCAUAGAAAUGGAACCACCUCGCACUCAGCCACCUCGCAGCUCUCUGCCCAUCAUUAAGAUCCAUCAGCUCUCUCUGUGUGAGAACGGGGACGCAGUGUAAACCGUGGAGUGUGAAGUAUGUUUUUUUCACACCAUAAAUUUUCGAUCACUACGAGCACAGAAUAUUUUCAAUGUGAAAGUGUUCUUUUGACACUUUAUGACAUCAUUUUUGAAUUGUUUGGUUGAUAUCUCUGUCCUUUAGUGGCGAAAACAUUCAUUUGCAAUAUUAAAUUCUUAAUAAUUGCACACACAGAGUUACUUCUGUGUUUUGCUAUACUAUUAAAAUGCAGUUAAAUACAUAGUUACAUUUAAUUUAUAAUCUGUAAGUGACAGAUUCUCAGUCUGACUUUUGAUGUCAAUUACAAAACCAUGGCAAAAAUGUAAACAAUGGGUUUCUUUCUGCACAAUGAUUGCAUUAACUAUAACUUUUUAAAAAUUCAAAUCAUAAUAAAACAUCUCCUUUUUGACUUAUGAACACAAAUAUGGUAUCGAUUGAGAGUUUAGAGUCCAGUCUCCAGUUAUAUCAGCAAGCUACGAGGAAGAAAUCAUUAUUAAUAUAGAAUUACACCAUGUUUUUGUUAUGACUGAAGACAACUGCGACUUUAAAGGGUUAUGCAUCAAAAAAUGUGCACCAUUGUUAUCAAAACCUGUGUAGCAGACUAAAGGAAGCACGAUCUAAGAGCAAAACAAAGACAGACGCAAGGGUACAGUAAGCGUGUUUCUGCGACAUGGUUGCAUAAUAUAAGUGUAUAAUUUCUAUUACUUAAAAUAAGCUUAUGAUGCAAAUAAUGUUUUGUCACAUAUAUCAACCAAACCCAAAAAUUGACCAUUUAAACAACAGUUCUUUAAAUAUUCUGUGCAGUUUUUCUUGGAAUUGUUAUGGUGUGAUAAAAAACGUACUCUGGUGAAAUGUCUUGAAGACAAACAGCUCUUCAGA